AUAUAGCGGAUGCCUCUGUGCUUUACCAAAGCAAAAGCAAAUCACCACUGAUAUAUGCUUAGUCUCUCGGCCUACCUCGCGUCUACAGCUAGAAAUAGCACUUACACCGAUGCUGCAAUUCUCUCUGCUGACUUCAUCAAGGCCAGCAACAUGAAUUCUGGAGAUCUCGUCCUUAACACGAUCAAUGCUCAGGAUUGCACAUGUUCUUCAUCUAGCUGGCUGUUUACUUACAACACCGGCAAGUAUAUCGAAGGUUUGAGCGUCCUUGGGUUCGUCACUGGUGAUACUAGUUGGACUUCAUUCAUGCUGGACAAUGUUGCCGCAUCGACAAAAGUAUCUGCAUGGGAAGGCAGUGAUGGUAUCAUCCAUCGAGGUGCCUACGUCACAAACGAUAACGACGGCGUUGGACUCAAGGUGACUGAUAAGUUGAAAUCAUGGAUCCUUCACCGGGUCUUGAUAUACAUGUCACUCACUGUUGAUCAAAUGAUAAUGACCGCAACCGCGAUAAAGGAGGAACGCGGCAGAAACCGAAACCUAUGAGGAACAAAUUCGUCUACCCUCUACCGGAACGUCUAGGCACAGGAGCCCUGCGCUACGAUUUACCUCUUGGGUAUAUUGAGUCUCAACCAUGUCUCAGAAUAAUCA